CUAAGUUUUACAUCAACUGGUUUACAUGAAUAUUGUAAAAGAUGAACACGGUAGCAUAUAGUUAUAGCGGUACAAGAAUGUGUGGUUUAAACUGACUCGUUAUUGGCUACAUUAUUCAGGUUAUAUAUACUGCAGAUCUAGUUCAGCUUUUUAGACAUAAAACGAUUUAUAUUCUGUAAGGGAAACACAUAUUGUGAAAUUAAUGUGGACUGAGCUUUGGAGACAAACGCAAAUGGACGACAACCGAAUCUCUGACUGUCUGCUACUGUGUAGAUGUACAUGAGUUAUGAAAUGUGUUUUCGUAUGAACUACGAGAAAGGGAUUGACUUAUUAACUGUUUAAACACUCACGGAGUUUGAAACAGGAAUGAAAGUGGAGCGUCACAAAUACAAAAACAAAGAAACCAGGCACACUGAGCGAGGUUGAGAGUACGGGCGGGACUACUAAAUAACAGACACUUACCUCGGUGAGCGAGUUUGAGAGCACGAACGGGGUCGUUGUCAAGAGCACCAAAGACUCUGAAUGUCAAGUUUAACACCAUCCAUAAAUAAGUUCGUGGGAUAGAGUGUGCUAUUCUUUUAAAAGAUGGAGCAAAACAGGCAAAGCCCACGGGACCAUACAAACAAGAGUAAUGCACGAAAAGAAUUCCAAGAUGAAGCAAAUAAUUCGACAGAUGAUAAAGAAUUCUCAGAGGACCUUUCACGUGUUCUUGAUUUCUUAGCCAUCAAUGAACAAUUGAUACAGUUUAGAAGGAAACGCCAUUUAUCUAUUGAACGUGAACACACACUUAUGCGAAAAGCAAUGGGUUUUAACAUACGAACUUAUUUCUUUGGCAGUCAAGCAGAGGGCACUACAACAAGUGGACUGAUGUCUGACAUAGAUCUCUUACAGCAUUUUGAAACGUUUCGUUUGUUUCUUGAAUCAGAAAAUCCGCCCCUUCAGCCCUAUGAUCACCAAAUCGUACUUAUGGUGAUCACAAACGUUUGUGCUCCGCAGUACUGUUUUUUAUUGUUGAUUGAACCAUCAAAACAAGCACGGCGAUUUCAAAAAAUAGAUCCUAAAAAGGUUCCUGUUGAUUGCGUUGAUUUUUAUCGAGUAAUGGCAGAUUGUAUCAAAUCUAAUAAUAAUACAACUGGGGUAAUGAUUCCACAUACAAUUAUGUUUGGUACCCUUAACCAAUAUCCAGACAAAAUUAAAAAAGCAAACGCAAAAAGACACGGACCAGCAGAAAGUAUAUGGCAUACUGACCAUGUUAACGCGUGUUAUUGUAAAAGUCUUCCUAAGCAAUGCAACAUUGUUUUCGAAAGGCCUCGCCCCGGUCACUGGCCUUCCAAUAAGACGUUGAAAAAAGCCAAGAAAUAUGGCGUCUUUAUAGUUCCACAAGGGCCCCCCAAAAGUACGAACAUUUGCACGUACGAUAAUUUUGAUUAUCAAUGGCGAAUUUCCACAAAUCUAACAGAGCGGCUUUUUAUGUUCAGUUUAAAUACAGUACAUCUGAAAGCAUAUAUUCUGACAAAAAUGAUAAGAAAAGAGUUGUUUGUGCCAUAAUAUCGAGACAGGUUCAGUACAUUUCAUUUCAAAACAGCCUUUUUCUUUGCGGUCGAGAACACCCGGCCUGAUGUGUGGAGGGAGGAAAAUCUAAUCAAUUGUGUCACGUACAUUCUUGCAAUGUUGAGACGCUUCAUGACAAGGCGCAUGUGUCCACACUUUACCAUAGAGUAUGUUAACCUUUUUGAUGGAAAAAUUGAAAGACACGGGUUUCCGAAAUUGAUGGAUAAACUUACAAAUGUUAUUAAAUCACUACGGGCAAAGAUUGAAAAGAUACAAAUGGACAGUAUUGGAAAGACGCUUAAUGAGCAAAUUGCAAGAAAAAAUGAUAUCAGAACAUACUGUGUGAACGGUUCUGCACUGUUGAAUUAUGUAUUUAAUAUUCUACAGGAAGUGACGCAAUGGUUUUAUGAAAUUGAAUUUUCACUGAAACCCGUUAAUGGCAGGAGAGCAUUGUUUGCAAACGCAUUAACUCUCGUAGAAACCUAUUAUCGCACCCCGUUGGAAAAAUACAGAAAAUAUGACUAUGCAUUGCAUACAAUGAUGACACGUCUGGCUAGUGUUGUUGCUUCGGCGUAUUUAGAACAGAAGGCAGAAGGACAUGAAUAUAAUCACGAUGACAUGAAUUCAGCUAGACAAAUGUAUAUACAAUCUCUAGAGUCUGAUAUCAUUGGCAACUACAUGCGAUACGCUUCCUUCCUUUUUUGCAAUGGAAAAUAUAAUAAAGCUUGUAGAUAUUUUAACUUGAUAGAACAAAAGAUAGAAGAAGAUAAAAAAUCUAAUCUCAUUUACCAGUUUGUUGUCUCCCCAUCGGAGACAUUAGCACUACAGAUAGCAAAACAGUCAUGUGAACAGUCUUUCAAACAAAAAUGGUCUGUCUGUUUGAUGUUUAGACCAGAAGAGUCGAUGUGUGUUCCUGAUUUCUUGCGAUGCGAAAUGUACCGAGGGCGUUUUAUGUUAUCGAUUUAUAGCAAGGAAGACUGCAUUUGUGUGCCAAUCGAACCCUAUCUCUACUAUCUUCAGUACCUUACAUACAGAGAACUCCAUCAAGACAGGAAACAGUCGGAAGCUUUGAAGAAAUUAUCGAAUUUCACUAAAAACAUUAAACCCACAAUAUUGAUCCCAUCACAUAGUGAAUCACAUGGUGAUAUCUGGUUAUCAUUCCCAUACUUUGAUACAUCUUUGAACAUGCUAGGGCACUGCUUUGAACUAGAGCAGAAGUUUGAAUUGGCUUGGAGGACUUACACAACUUCUUUACAACUGCUUCCUGAUGGAAAUGCGGCCAUCUUGCAUAAAACUCGACUUCUGUGGCAGGUUAUGCAAAGUCUGCAGACUUAGGGCCCUUUAAACUAGAAUCGAGUAGUAAAAAAUGGAAACUGUUUUUUUGUUGAAUGUAUUGUGACUCAAACAAGAGUUAACUCUGAAGGUGAUUAGCACCCCAAUAUACCGUUUUGACACGGAUGCUGAGGUUUGGCCAACGUGUUGUUGUUGUUCACUUUCGUCGUAACAAUAUGAUCCGACAUGAUGAUAGUUUUAUUAUACUCUUUAACAUUUGUUUAAUGAGGUAUAUUAAAAAGUGCACAUGAACAUAAAGAUUCAUUUUAUUUAACUUCAGCCUUUGGGCGGCACCUAACAUGUAAAAGCUGAGCUGUUUUAAAUUAUGAGGUUAUUACUGUCGAAAGGUGACAAGACAUCAUUAUGCUCCUUAUAAAAUAAAACUAUACGUAUAUGCAUAAAAAGUAUUAUCUUUUGUGUUAUAGUUUUAUAUACUGUACACUAUGUUUAAGUUACAAUGUGUGCGCUAAUACAUAUUUAGUUUGUGUUUUACACCGAUGUUUUUUUAUUACGAAUGCGAUAUUUGAUCGUUAUUUACAUGUACAUUGUGUAUCAAUUGUUCAUUUGAAUUCUUUCAGAGUUAUUUUACUCGAUAAUGCCCCGGCUCAAGUCUUUGUGUUAGCGUUUUAUAAUGUAUAUUUAUUGUGUUCUUAUUAUAUAUUAUUAUUUGAAUAAAUACUCGUGAAUA